UUUGGUAGCAUCUGCUUUUUCUUCGAUACUCGAUAGUCCUGUGGUAACAUAUGAUGAAUAUGUAGAACGUGGCGAGACAGUUUUACCUCAGCAAGUACUUAGUAUCGAUUCAGUUCAUAAGUCUUUUUUAGUCACUGAGGAAGACAUAGCCAGACACAGUACUUUGGCUGAUAAUCCUGUUGAGAAAGAUAAUGUUAAACUUGAUAUUUCUUCACCUCGCAGUUCUCUUCUCUUUUCGAAAGUCGAUGGCCUUCCCAUUUCACCCACAAUCAAUCGACAUGGCAACUUGUACCAAAGUAUUUCACGUCAAAUUGAUACAUCAAUGCCAUCGAUAGGAGGAAAACCUUUUGCACCGCCUCCACCUCCACGGAACACACCACGCAAUAGCAUAAUGUCCAGUCCUCAACCGCCUGAUCAAUCUCGUCAAAUACAAAUAUUUGUGAGCACUCUUAACUCAGAACAAAGGGGUAUUUUGAUUAAUAGUAACGCGACCGUUUUCCAACUGAAACACGAAAUUUACCUUCUUUUUGGUUAUGACAUUCCAUGCCAACGUCUAAUAUUCUCUGGAAAACAACUUAGUAAUGAGCGAACUCUUUCCUCCUACGAUAUUCAACAUUCGUCCACAAUACAUAUAGUAUUCCGCUUAUCCGGUGGCCUAGAUUGUUAUAUUGUAACUUCAGAUCUUCUAAAUUCAAAAUACGAUUUUGAUUUUACUAAUGUUUAUGAUAAAGGUCAAACUUACAUGCGUGGUAAUCAUUUGUAUAAGCGACCGUGUGGAUGGAAGCGGCUCGCGCUCAAUGUUUCUAGUAGAUAUGGGUCAAAUGAUUGGUUGGGUGUUAAUGUGAAACGACGUUCGAUGACAGAAUCAGUGAAGGGUGAAUGGCCGGUAUCAUAUCAUGGUACAUUGAAAGAUAAUGCUAACAACAUUGCUGAUAAAGGAUAUUUACUUGAUAUGGGGAAGAGAUUUUUAUAUGGAAAGGGAAUUUAUUCAUCACCAGAUAUCGAAGUGGCCGCGCGGUUUGCAAAGGUCUUUACGCAUGAAGGCAUUAAUUAUAAAGUGGUGUUUCAAAAUAGAAUUAACCCAAAUAAUAUGAAAAAGAUCACACCCGAGCAGACGGGCAUAGGUGAGUACUGGAUAUCUUCUAACGAACAUGAUAUUAGACCAUAUGGGCUUUGUUUUAAGAGGGUUUAA